AUGGAACGAGCAAGCAGGCCAGUGCUGGUGGGCCUCGGGUGCCCCAUCCUCGACAUCAAGGCGGCAGUGAGUGAGGAGUUCUUGGCCACGCGGGGCUUGGCACUGGGGCAGUUCAGCGUCACCACCGACUGCCAUCGCGCCCACGCACUGUAUCGCGAGGCCGUGGACAGCGGGGCACGCAUCCAGUACUCGGCCGGUGGGUCCACCCAGAACGUCAUCCGGGUCGCUCAGGUGUGGCUGCUGGGUGCAGAGCACAGGUGCGCCUUUGUGGGCAGCGUCGGCGACGAUGACUUUGCCCGACUGCUUCGGAGAGAGGUCGAGGCCGAGGGCAGCGCGGCCGCGUUUUGCUACGUUGGCACGCCCGGCCACGCAACGGGCAACUGCUUGGCGUUGACCCUCGCGGGGGACAAAGAAGACCGACGACAUCAAUUAUUCACCGCUGGCGCCUCCGAGACUUUCGACUUGGCCUCGUUGGCCGAAGACACAAAGCAGGUCAUUGAUGGCGCGUCGUAUGUCUAUCUGGAAUGCGCGUUCCUGGCCUUUGCGGCGGACCACCUCCUGGCGCUGGCUCAGCGGAGCAAAGACCAGGGCAAGUGCGUCGUGGUGAACCUCUCCAACAUCUCGGUGGUCAACAAGCACCGCGACGCCAUUCUCCGACUGCUUCCCCUGGCCGACGUCGUCUUCGCCAAGGAGAAGGAGGCGCUCGCACUCGCGCCGGCCCAGACGCCCGAGGAGGCCGCCCUCAUCCUGUCUCGCCGCCGCGGCUCCGACACGUCGAUCGUGGUCGUCACCCGAGGUACUCAACCCACCGUCGUUGCCUGCAAGGGCCAGGCCUCGGUGUUCGCAGUGCCGGUGGUGCCGAAGGAGAAGAUCGUGGACCUCAUCGGCAGCGGUGAUGCGUUCGUGGGCGGCUUCCUCGCCGCGUUCGUCCACAGACACCACCCCAAGACCAAAGAAGUGUUCGCCCACCACCACCACCUGGCGCAGUGCGUGGCAAGCGGACACUUUGCGUCGUCUGAGGUCAUCCAGCACGCCGGCUGCACGUUCUCUUCCGGUUCGACGCCGCCACCACACAACCAGCCAGGCCAGUAG